AUGGUACUUAGCCGUUUGUUUAAGCGUAAUCUGUGGUCUCUGCGCCCAAAUUUAGCCCAAGUUCCCCGGCCUACUUCCUUUCUACCUCAAGGACAUAUUGUCGAUGAGGAAGCAUGCCCAACCUAUGAUUCCAAGAGUUACUACCCAGCUAAAGCUGGAGAUCUCGUUGCGAACUAUCAAGUACUUGUAAAGAUAGGCUGGGGAUCGCGCUCAACAGUAUGGCUUGCUCGAGAUAUUAGAAGAUUCAGAUGGCAGUCUGAGCGGCUUAUAGCCUUAAAGAUUAACAAUUGCAAUAUUCAACAAGCAAAUCACGAGCGUGAUAUCGAAGACCACAUCAAUAAAGCAAACCCGUCCCACCGUGGCCAUGUAAUUAUACGCGCAUGCCUCGAGAGUUUUGAGGUUACAGGACCAGAGGGUAAACAUUUAUGUUUAGCCUACGAGCCCAUGAGAGAGCCUGUAUGGCUCUAUCAACAGCGGUUUCCGGAUAGGAGGCUUCCAUCUUCCCUUAUAAAGGCAUUCCUUACUAUGAUUUUGACGGGACUUGAUUAUCUGCACUCAGAAUGCAAAGUUGUUCAUACGGACUUGAGGCUUGAAAAUAUCCUUGUUGGAUUUGAGGAUGAACAUGUAAUUGAAGACUUUGCAAAAGCCCAGCUCACUUUGCCUAUGGAACAAAAAAUCGACCCUACUGGCCGAAUCGUUUAUCGAUGCCAUAACAACUUUGGGCCACUAAAGAAGUUAAUGAACAUACCAAAGAUUGUCGACUUUGGCCUGGCCAGACAUAUUUUGGAUCCAAGCGGAGUUGAGACGCAUCCUAUCCAACCAGAUCACUAUCGUGCUCCUGAGGUCAUCCUUGGUUGCGGAUGGUCCUUCAGUGCUGAUAUCUGGAACAUUGGCCUGCUGGUCUGGGGCAUGUUCGAACUCAAAGAACUCUUUACGCAGGUCCGAGAUUCCCAGGGUAACUACAGUGCCAAAGGACAUCUUGCAGAAAUGAUAGCCUUGCUAGGGCCCCCUCCCAAAGCAUUAAUCGCAAAAAUCAACUCGAUGCCUCCGAACCCAUGGCAAUUUCCCGUUAUGGGCGAUGACGGGAAUACCCACAGUAACCCAAAGGAAUUUUUUGGUGGACCUUUUUUCAGCGAUAAAGGUGAUUUCAUGCAUAAUGGCCUGAUACCGGACCGGAAGCUUGAGGACACGGUUUUAUCGCUUGAUGGGAAAGAGAAAGAGUUACUACUCUCUUUCGUGAGCAAGGCGGUGGGCUGGCUUCCAGAUGAGAGAAGUACAGCACGGGAGUUAUUAGAGCACCCGUUCCUCCAAGUGAUACCCAAGGUCUGA